GUCUCACUGAUGCAAACUAAACACUAGAUACUAUAUAACUAUUGGGGAUAAAGGAGACCUUCUGCUCACGUCACCUCUAGCCUGACGAAGCCCCUGAUGAAGUCAAAGGAAGACAAAUCCAUGCCGUGCUGGGAUAUACUGUGGAACCUCAUGAUGUAUUCAUUAUGAGUCCUCAUCUCUACCACACCCCAGCUAAAAAAAAAAAAAUCCUCUUUUUAGAACAUCUCUUGAUGGUACCAUCAGAAAUGUCUUCCUUAAGUGGAAAAGUCCAAACAGUUUUGGGCCUUGUAGAGCCAAGCAAACUGGGCCGCACCCUCACCCAUGAACACUUGGCCAUGACCUUCGACUGCUGUUACUGUCCACCUCCCCCGUGCCAGGAAGCUAUUUCCAAAGAACCGAUCAUGAUGAAAAAUUUAUAUUGGAUUCAGAAAAACACCUAUUCCCAUAAAGAAAACCUUCAGUUGAAUCAGGAGACAGAAGCCAUAAAGGAAGAAUUGUUGUAUUUUAAAGCUAAUGGUGGAGGGGCUUUGGUGGAGAACACAACCACUGGGAUUAGCCGAGACACGCAGACGUUGAAGAGGCUUGCAGAAGAGACUGGCGUCCAUAUCAUAUCCGGAGCUGGGUUUUAUGUGGAUGCAACUCACUCCUCAGAGACCAGAGCCAUGUCAGUGGAGCAGCUUACGGAUGUCCUUAUGAAUGAAAUUCUCCAUGGAGCUGAUGGAACCAGUAUUAAGUGUGGUGUUAUUGGAGAAAUUGGUUGUUCCUGGCCUUUGACUGAGAGUGAAAAAAGGGUUCUUCAGGCCACAGCUCAUGCCCAGGCUCAGCUUGGUUGUCCUGUUAUUAUCCAUCCUGGACGGAGCUCCAGGGCACCAUUUCAGAUUAUCCGAAUAUUGCAAGAAGCAGGUGCAGACAUCUCUAAAACAGUCAUGUCACAUCUGGAUAGGACUAUACUUGAUAAGAAGGAGCUCUUGGAGUUUGCUCAACUUGGCUGCUACUUGGAAUAUGACCUCUUUGGUACUGAACUACUUCAUUACCAACUCUGCCCAGAUAUUGACAUGCCUGAUGAUAACAAAAGAAUUAGAAGGGUGCGUCUCCUGGUGGAGGAGGGCUAUGAAGAUCGAAUUCUGGUAGCACAUGACAUACAUACGAAAACCCGGCUGAUGAAAUAUGGAGGUCACGGCUAUUCUCAUAUACUCACCAACGUUGUUCCUAGAAUGUUACUGAGAGGUAUAACUGAGAAUGUGCUUGAUAAGAUUCUAAUAGAGAACCCUAAGCAAUGGCUAACUUUCAAAUAGGAUGGUUGCUUAUGAAUUCGCACCUUGAGUGUAAAACUGGCGGAGAAUAUUCAGCGAUUUCCAGUCCACUGAGAGCUAUUAAUCAGUUACCUAGGACUAAUGACAGAUCAUUUCCUUCUGAUGAGAAGUGGGAGGGUUUGCCUUCUCUGAGACCAGCUAUUACACCUGUGCCUCUAGGGAGUUACUCAGCCUAAUUGAGCCCUAUUAUUUUGCCUUAACAAAAUAAAUACAGAAGUACCUAUUUCUAAACAAUGAUUUAAAGUCUAUAUCCCCUAAGUGGAGUUGUUUUUCUCCCUAAUCUAUCAGCUGCACUACUUCAGAAAAUGUAAUGUGUUUCUAGUUGAAUUAUUCCCUUCUUAAGCGAUCUAAUGUUUCUUGUAAUAUUGAUGAUCCUACUAAUUAUCCUGCUGUUCUUUAAUUAAUGCUUAAUGAAUAAUAUGGCACUUUAAAAUAGCUCCUUCAACAAGAGAAGUUAAAUUUUGAGACUUUUUCCCCAAAGGAUACUGUCUGUAAUACGAUUACCAAUUCACAAUGAUAAAAAUAUUUUGAAAGGUUAAUUUUAUGCUGUCCACCUAUCUAUAUAUUCUUCUGAUAAAAUGGUUUUGAUAUCUUUGGCUUUCUGGUAUCUAUUUUUGCUGUAAAUUUUGCUGUUUUUGCAACCUUUGUGUAAGAACACAUAACACUACUGAAUUAUAAAAAUUCAAUCAUAAAAGUCAAAAUAUAUUACAUAAUAUAGUUUAAUGAAUCAUUACAUUUAUAAUAACAAAGGCCACAAUUUAAUUAACUGAUAAGAUAUAAUGCAAAAAAAAGGAGAAAUGUUUGCCUUAUAUAUAUUCCCUUUAUUUCCUUUACCUUGUGUUUUUCCUUGGACCUAAACAGAGAAAAUAAUGCUUAUUUAUCUGAAGAAAAGGUCAGAUCUAUUGGAAAUGACAGCCUGAUACUAGAGCUUCCUCUUUAAAAGGUAUCCAGCCCUGAUAUUUUGUGUAAAUAAAGCAUUUUUAAAAACUCUUAGUUAAAACACUUAGGUGAUGGCCACUGCUGCUUAUAAAUUCAUCUUUUGGUUGAAUCCUCACUAUGCUAUUUGGCACCUAAAAAUAUUCUCCAAACCCUUGCUGCCAAUUCAUCUUUGAUAAGUACAUAGUUAAUUCGAAAUAAAAUCCAUUGCGAUUCAUUUAUGAGUUAUCUUACAUAUCACAAAGGCCAAUUAGAAUUAGUCCUUAUUCUUGAUGAAAAGUCUGUUUUUACUCAUAAAAAUCGUGACAGUUACUCAGACCCAGGCAUUUCAACAGAGCUAACACCACCUUCAGAUAGGCACACCAUGCAUAACUCUUGGGAAGUUGAGCUUUGCUAAAUAAAAGAUAUUUCAGCUGAUCAGAGAUGAUCAAGCUUUCUGUGUAUUGGAACAGAAAGUAACAAAGAGGAAUGAGCCAGGAGAACAAAUUAAUUCCUUUAAAUAAAAAGAAAUGCAAGUGUCCUUCACCAGUAAAGCAAGCAAAUUUUUAAAUUUUCUGUUUUUGAAAUCUGCUUGUCAAAGAGUUUUCAAAGGCAAUGAAAGGGGAACAGAUUUUUCAUUGUAAUAGUGGAAGUUGUGUGAUAGUUAGGAGAUAUCAACAUGCAUUUUUAAUCUUUUCCUUAGAUGAAAGAGAUGGCUUUUGGCAGUGUGUUCUAACCAGCAAGAAAAGAUUUGUAUUACUCUCCAAAUCUACUGUACUGUCAGCUUCAGUCUACCUGAGAAAAGAGAAAAAAAAUUGAUAGCUCAAAUGCAUAUAAUUCAUAAACACUGCAAAGGAGAGCCACUUGGUGUCUGCAGUCCUCAUAUGAACAAUCUGUCACAGAAUGCAGUUAAAGUAUUGAUUGGCAUAUGGUAAUACAGCAACCAUAGCCUUAACUUACAGACCUGUAAAAUAAAGGGCAUUUUUACCUAAUACAAUUAAUUUUCUAGAUAACUCUUAAAGAGAAGUUGUUUUAACUGUUUUUGCUACUCCAUAUAUUGUCAUUCAAAAUAUAUUUUAACCCAAAAUAAGUUAAAUAAUUUAAGCAUCUUUGUGUGUGUAUAUAUGCAUAUACUUUUUUAUAUUAAAAUUUUGAGGCUAUACAGCCACUGUGCCCUAUGGAAUAAAGCCAUAUAUAUAUGUUUUAUAUUAUAUGUUUUAUAUGUAUAUAAAACACUUCAUCUAACAUAUAUAUGUGUGUGUGAGUAUAUGUGUGCGUGUUUAGCAGAUAUUUGUAUAAAAUAUAAACACUGUUGUCAUAUGGGUUAUGUGUGAAAUUGUUAAUUUUGAAAUAACCUCAGGCCACAGACUUGUAGUAACCAUUUGAAGGCCUCACCUAGUGUCCCCUUGGUGACGUAUGCAGCAGCUCAAAUUAAACCUUUGUGCAUUGGGUUAUGAAUAAUCUUUUGUUCCAAAGAUGGCAAAAGCCUCGGCUUGAUUUGAUACUAAAGAAUAAAUUUCUCUGACUUUC